CGCACUUGAACAUCGCACGGCACGCCCAGCUAUUUCCAUGGUGUUCGCUUUAUUACCUCAAUGGCAAUUGCGCUCUCUCUCUUUCCAAGUUGUCACUCCUCCCCCACCCCCGCUUUCCCUCUUUCAUCAAUGUUAUUCCCUCCCUCUUUCUCGCAUUUUAUACAGCCGACAGCUAUUAGUAGCAGGGCAGGGUUUAGGGUUUAGGAUUCGAUUGUUUUUCAUCAGACGUAAAAUGGCGUCCCUUUAUUCCUCUGGCCAUGAAGGUGUUGAUUCCAUGGCGGAGACAUACACCGAAUACCAGGCUCUCGAUGGACUUCACAGGCUUAAAUUGUCUUUGGAAUCGAAGCCAUUCAAUGUACAGCAGUUUUCCUGGUUCUAUAGGUUUGUCUUUUUCAUGUGUCGAGUAAGUGGCCAGAGGAGCAUGCUCGUGAGCACUGCUGUUGAGGCCUGGAGAUUGGUCUUGGCAGGAAAAUUUCAACUGCUUGAUCAGUGGUGUAGCUUUAUAAAGGAACAUCAUCGCUAUAAUAUUUCUGAAGAUACUUGGGAGCAAGUUUUAAAUUUCAGCAUAGUUGUGAAUGGGGAUCUCAGUAAUUAUGAUUCAGAAGGUACAGGUUCUUGGCCUGUCCUAAUCGAUGAAUUCGUCGACCAUAUUACGAGGAACGCAGCAGCGAUCAGUUCACAUGUUGUUUCCUCUGAUCCAGGAAGUGCUAAUCCUCACAUGGAAAAUUCUACAAUCUACAGAGAGACUAUCCCUGUUACAUGCAAAAAGAGAGGGUUAUCUCUAGAAGAAGAAGAUGGCCAAGUGGAAUCUGUGAAUUGCAUAGCUCAGAGACUAGCCAAUAUGCCAAGCCCUUUGUACUCCAAACGCAUUCGCUCCAGUUACUACAUGCUGGAAUCUGGUGAAUCCAUGGACAUGAUUUGAUUUUCCAUGGCUACUGUGGAGGUUCAAUUAGUUUAUUUAAUUUUGAAGAUUAUCUUCAAUUCAUAAGAUUUUCUUUUAUCAUAAGUAGAAGAUGCUUGUAUUCUUGUGCAAUAAACAUCUCUCGAAAUUUGUCGGCAUGGAAGGCAGGCCCUGGAACAGAAUAAUGCAUGAUGUAAACUUUUACGCAAAUGUUUAUUUGUUUCUUUAACUUUUGCAAAUGAUAAGUAAGUGACAUAAUGCAAAUUGUUGAAGCAAUGAUGUAUUGUUAUGACCUUGUCAGAGCAUGGAUGUGCCCAUGUAUCAUUUGAUAUGUAGGACGGUGUUGCUCAGAUUGGCAAGCAUGGCAUUUCCUAACAUGCUGCAUAGAAAGCUCAUUCUUCUGAUAGUUUUCCUAAAUGCUCGAGUUUCUUCGAGGUGCACUGAGUGGGCCCCACUAGGCAGCUGUGAAGUCCCUGACUUCUUCAGAAAACACCAAUUCUAUUGAGAGGUGUUCAUAUCAUUAGAACAAAAAACUGCCGUGAAUUCUUUUUUUCUUUUUUCUUUUCAAGAUCUUAUAGCUUUGAUGAAUGCUAUAGUUAGAAGGAGGCGUCACUAAGGUGGUUUCCAAGGCAGCCAUGGAGUCCAUUGACUUCUUCAAGAAUGCCAAUUCUCUUGGGAGGUGUUCAUAUUAGUCAAACGAAAAACUACAGGCUUUUUUUUUUUCAAGAUCUUAUAGCUUUGAUGAAUGCUAUCGUUGGAAGGAGAUAUUGGUACGAUGGUUCUUCAAUUUAUUUUGUAUUCUUCUUCAAUUUUUUUGUUCUUUGUUUUGUGUACCAAAAUUUGUGUUUUUCAAGAUCAAACAUGCCCAUGUGAGUGGUCUGUUGAAAGUGGACACACCCAUUGGGGAUAAUGUAUGCCUUAAUGAAAUAAAUCUGUUUGGAGAUUGUCCUGUA